AUGAAAAAGGUGGUACCUUCUAUUGGACAUCUGGUAGGCCUUUCCGAUGCUCAUUGUCAUGUGCAGCUCGUCGCACCAAGAUUUGGUGAGCCCACUUGGUCUGACGGCGAUAGGGGGAUCGCUGAGAGUGGCCCCAAUAUAAACUUGAGUGAGUCUGGGGAUAAAAGCGGGAAGAUAACCCAGCUGAGGCUUCAUCAUGCAGUGUUGUGUGGCACCCAUCCGCAGAUCGAUUGGGCGACGUUAAAACAGUUGGCGGGAUCCUCCUCUGAGUUGAGGCUUUCAUCUGCUCUGCAGUGUGCAAGCUAUUCGGGCGAGUAUAGACUUUUCGAAGACGGCACGACCAUCAACGACAGGGAGGUAACAGACAUCAUCGUUGGCUUUGGGGUUCAUCCGUGGUAUGUCCCCGAAGUGGAAGGUGAAAAUGAGAAUUGUACAGGGAAAGAUCAAAAUGCAAGCGCACGAAGCACAGAGAAGAUGCUGUAUGCUACUGACCCUGUUUCUCAAGUCGCUGUUAAACGAAAACAUUCACAUCUCAGUUACCCCCUUUCUCUCAUUCUAGAGGAGCUGGAGGAGCUGUUACGAGUCUUUCCGAAAGCGAUUGUUGGCGAGAUAGGAUUAGACAAGAUGCAUGGCCCUUGUGAAACUACGCAAGUUAAGGCCUUCCUGGAACAGAUAAAGCUAGCAGCGAAGUAUCGCCGUCCUGUAUCAGUUCAUUGUGUUCGCUACUAUGGCCUUUUAUUGCAGUUACUACAGAAGCUACCUGCAGAGCACACUCCUCCAUCUAUCAUUCUUCACGGAUUUACGGGCUCGUUUAGUAUCGCAGAAUCGCUGCUGAAGCUCAAACCUAAAAAGUUCAAGAAGGAAUCGAAUAAAACUAUUAGGAUUGCAGAUCACUUAUUUUUUAGUGUAGGCAGCAAAACUACUGGUUCCCUUAAGGACUUUGUUGAGCGGACUCUGCCGCUUUUGUGUAAGCCUAAAAAGCGUAUUUUACUUGAGAGUGAUUUGCAUUAUGAGCUUUGUGUACAAGCCCCACUUUUAUCUGCGACCCGAGAGGGAGACGCACUGCGUUGCGAGACACAGACAUCUUUGCUCCCACGUUUUCUGGAUGUUCCCAAUGCAUCGAAUAUUUUAGCUUCGCUAGAGCAGAUGUUGGAUACAAUCUAUACCUCGUUGGUGUCGACUGAACUCAAGGACUGCCAAGGAAGUGCGAAGGAUCCAGAGGCCAACAAGGAGGUCGUGAGCUUUCUUGAGGAUGUCUUUGGCGAUGCCUUUGCAGAGAUUUUAUAG